GAAAUAUGAACAAAACACCAGAGGCGAAUAUUGCUAACAAUAGUAGUGGUUUGGUAACAGAAGAAAAUCAACAAAAGCUAGCAUAUUUACUGACGCAAAAGGUAGAUGAAGAAAUAGAAAGUCAAAUGAAAAAAAUCGAAGUUCAAAAGAUGGAGGAUGAUUUGACUAUAAAAAUGCUGGAAAGAGAAUAUUCUGAAAGUAAAAGAAAUUUCAUUUAUACGAAAAAGAAACUAGAUGAGACACGAAAAAAAGCAUCUACACAAUCAGAAACGAUCAAUCAACUUUCACAAGCUAAUAAAGCUAUUGUAGAGAAAUUCAACGAGUUAAAAAGAUUUCAAAAUGAAUUUAUACUUGUUAAUAUUGAUAAUGCUGAAACAACAUCAAAUAACUGUUUAAACAAAAAUAAUGUAUUAUCAAAUACACUGCGAAUGAUAACGGAAAAGGAAAAUUAUACAAAAUUUUUUAAUUAUAUUGUAAUUUACACAAUGUUAGCUAAGAGAGAACUUGAAGAAAAGAAAGCAGUUAAUGACAAUCUCGAUCAAAUAUUGACACAAUCGAAAAGAAAACUCGAAACACUUAAAAUGGAAUUAACUCAGGAAAAGAUUGAUAUUAAUUUUGACGAACUUAUUCAAGAAAAUAAGAACAGAAUGAUGCAAUUGGAGAUGGAUGAUGAGGUAUUUCAAGCGCAAUUCAAACAAGAAACAGACGAUUUAACACAACAAAAGAAUAAUAAAAUUCAAGUAACAAUGAAACGAGAAAUUAACGAGUUGUCAAAAAAAGUGUUUGAUGAAAAUAUUAUAAACAUUAAGAAUGAGCAAAAUAAAAUAAAUAUCGAAUUAGAAGCUGCAAAAGCUAAAUUUUCGAAAGAUGAAAACGAUAUGCAUACAGAAUUUAAUAGCUUGUUAAGCAGAUUAGAAAAGAAAAAAAAAUUAUUAAAGAAAAUAGAAAGUUAUGAACAAGAUCUUAGUAAAUUAAAAGAAACCACCAAAAGCACUAAAGAAAAAUUAGAAUCAUUUAAACACGAAGAAAAUACAGUAGAGAAUACAGUCGCUAAUUCCAAUGACUCUAAUACAAAGAAUUCACCGAUUAAUAAAAAACCUUCGAAUUCUCAGAAGAAAUUGAUUUAUUCAAAAAAUGAUAAUGAAUGUGAAUCUAAAGAAUUAGACAUCAGUCCUGAAUCUACAAAUAAGAAGAAAAUACCGAAGAGUCCUAAUAAAUCUAUUUAUUCAUUUAAUUUAUUCGAUACUGACGAAUCUGAUGAUGAAAUGAAUUUAAAAACAAUACUACCUGAAACAAACGAUAACAAUUCGCAUAGUGAAGAACUUUUUGAUAAUUUAUUAUCGCAAAAAGAUUCAAAAUCUUCUAAAACUUCAAAAGAUACGGAUUUAUUUAAAAUGCCACAUGCAUAUAUGACACCAUUUAGGAAGAAGCCAAGUCAAACUAAAAAAUGUUUUUCAAAUUAAUUAUUCAACAUUAUCAAUUCAUAGACAUA